AUGUCUAUUCACUCCACUGCUCUCCACCGCCUUAUCUCUCUUUUAUCUCUUUCUUUCUGGAUGGUUAUUCUCACCUCUGAUCUGAAGCUUCCUUUCACAGUGUUUAGCGUUCCAGAGGACUUUCAUCAACCGCAUGUUUCUACUUAUCCCCUGAUCCCCUUUCUGCUUUACUUCCCACCUUCGUUCCGCCAUAGACAUCUUUGA